AUGACUGCUAUGGCUCCUUUGAAGAUUUGGAUUUUCUCCGAUCUAGUGAAUAAGGUGAGAGUUGUUGAGGAAUAUGCAAAGAUGGUAGCCUCGUCAAGGGACACUCGUGGAGGAACCACUAGUUGGGAACAUGGUAAGUACUUUCAGCCGAGGGGUCAGAAUUUUAAGAAAGAAAGACAUGCGCCUCAAGGUCAAGGAGGCUUCGGAAGGAAUACUCAUGAUCAGUUUCAGUAUGCUAAAGGGAGAGGGAAUCAGAGUAAGAUUUCUCUGGAUUUAACUUGUGUGCGUUGUGGACGUUUUCAUCCAAAUGACUUUUGCAAGAUUGGUAUAGGUGGUUGCUUCAAUUGCAGAUUACCUGGUCACAUUGUGAGGGAUUGUACUCGUCAAAAGAACCCAAAUGCGGGCCAGAGUCAACAUAAAGGGCGAGUAUUUACUAUGAAUGCCAGGGAUGCUGCUAAGGCGGAUCCUCUGAUGAGAGGUAACUGUUUAAUUGGUGAUAAGAUCUUGGUUGCAUUGUAUGAUAUUGGAGCUUCGCAUUCGUUUAUUUCGUUUGGCAAAGUUGAGGAACUAGGCUUGAAAGUGUCAGAAUUAGCAUUUGAAUUACAUGUCCAUACUCCGCAUCAGACGAUUGUGACUAGGUUAGGUUGUAGGCAUGUAGGUUUUAAGCUUGAGGGUAGAGACUUUGUGCAUGAUUUGAUUUGUUUACCAAUGAUUGGGUUGGAGAUAAUUUUGGGGUUUGAUUGGUUGUCAAAAAAUUGGGAGAAGUUAGAUCAAAUCCAGGUAGUUAGAAACUUUCUAGAAGUGUUCUCGGAAGAUAUUUCUGAGUUCCCACCUCAAAGGGAGAUUGAAUUUACAAUUGAAUUAGUGCCGGGAGCCAGACCAGUGUCGAUUGCACUGUAUAAAAUGGCUCCGAUAGAGCUGGUAGAAUUAAAGACUCAUUUGGAAGAGCUUCUGAACAAGAGGUUCAUUCGAUCGAGUGUAUCUCCGUGGGGAGCUCCAGUUUUAUUGGUAAAGAAGAAGGACAGAGGAAUGCGACUUUGCGUGGAUUACAGGCAGUUAAACAAAGUGACUGUGAAGAACAAGUACCCGUUGCCUAGGAUAGAUGACUUGAUGGAUCAAUUGCAAAGGGCCGGAGUGUUUUCCAAGAUUGACUGA